AUGUCGAAAAGUGUGAGUACGAAGAAGCAUUUGUCCGAUUGCAAUGGAUCAGGCGAAGAAUAUCCUUUUGCAAUUCCGGAACUCCCGCGGGGUGAGCUCUUUCGAUUCAUUCUGUGCAGUUCUUGGGAUGACCCUCACUUCAUUGGUCUCAGUGCUAUCGAGUUAUUUAAUGCGGUUGGUGAAAGACCUCAAAUCGACAAAAUGAAAACAAAUGCAAACAUAGCACGCGGCUGUCUGGAUAAUGUAUUCAAGAAUGGAGAAGCAAACUUACCCACCAAUGAUCCACGUAAAAUGUGGUCUGCCAGAUAUGACAAUUUGACGGAAUUACUUUAUAUAGAAAUUCGCCUCAAAGAACAGGAAAGUAUUGCAAUGAUCCGAAUUUGGAACUAUAACGAAUCACGUGUUCAUGCAUUAUGUGGUGUGCAUGAUCUUCGUAUCGAAUUGGAUGGUGCAACAAUAUUUCAGGGCGAGAUAUCAUGUGCAUUUACUUUUGAAAGUGAAGAAGAAUCAAUGGGUGAUACAAUUUUAUUUACAACAAAUGAUACUAUAUUGGAGUUAAUUGCUGAAAAUGAUAAAUGUUUGCGAAGGGAUGAAAUAAUGCGAAGUGCUUUAGAUCUUCAUGAAUUAGCCGACGAUCUUGAAGAGGAAUCACUUACAAUUCAUACUACACUUGAAGCGCCAUCAAGGACGGGAACGAUAAAUGCACCAAAUGCUCUUAGACCAGCUACUGGUGAUCGAAGACCUCGCGUUCGAAGUGCAACACGACCCGGUGAUAAAAAAUCAACAAAUACUGAUGUUGCCGAAGAAAUUGCUCCAAAACUAUCUAUUCAUAGUUGGAAUACAGAAAGAGAUAAUCAAAUAGAAAAUCAUGAGAAGAAAAUAGAAGAAGAUAUUGACCUCCCUCUACUUAAAGUAUUUCAUAUGGAACUUCUGGAAAAUUGGGGUGCACCGGAUUGUAUCGGCUUAACGGGUUUACAAUUUCUUGGCCCACAUGGUAUCGUUUUGGAUCAUGUGGAUUGUAGUAUAACAACUUCUACUGCCACGCAAACUUCUCACAGAUUAUUGAAUGGGAGGAAUUUAACAAGAAAUAGAGAAGAUAUGUGGCUUUCGUCAUAUUCACGUGAUUCAUCACCAAUACGAGUAACAGUGACGUUUGUAGAACCUAUUAUCGCUUCUGGUAUCUGCGUGUGGAAUUACAAUGCUUCACCGGAGAUGUCAUAUGCGGGCGUACGUUGCAUUCAGAUGUAUUUAAAUGGCAAGCUACUUCAAGGGCCUAUACUGCUAAGGAAAGCUUCAGGAUAUAUUUAUUUCGAUUACGUACAAGAUAUUAUUUUCAACAAAUGCAUCCUUUAUAAGCCAAUAUCCAGACCACAAACACAGUCCAUCAAUGGAUUUACAUAUCAAUUGCUGUUGCAUUGCAGUUGGGGUGAUGAGUACUACAUUGGUCUUAACGGAAUCGAAUUUUAUAAUCAUCACGAGGAACUUAUCAAACUUCUCCCACAAAAUCUAGCAGCAUUCCCGGAGAGUGUAAAUAUAUUGCCAAAUGUUAACGAUGAUCAACGAACAAGCGAUAAACUCAUUGAUGGUUUCAAUGAUACUGAAAAUCCAUCGCAUAUGUGGCUGACACCGAUCUUACCUAAUCGUUGUGCAAGAGUAUUCGUUGUAUUCGACAUUCCAACCUACGUAUCACAUAUCAAUGUGUACAACUACCGAAAGACCCCGGAACGUGGAGUGCGGCUUGUCACUAUAUCGGUUGACGACCUGAUCGUGUUCAGCGGUGAGGUACCACAAAGUACACCAUAUAAAACUGGCAUAUUAUCGAUUUCGUUACGAGAAGAGUGA